AUGUCACAUCGACACGGCGACUCGACCGCGUCGGCCUCUCUGAUCCCUGAUGCCGACUCGGACCUGGAUCUAGAUCUGGACGAACUCGACCCCCGGACGGCCAACACCAACAACCAAAACUCCCGAUCCGCUAGCAAUGACUUUGGCAAGAACAUACCGCUCAAGAAUCUGCGAUUUGGAGGGAGGCGAGCCUUCAGAAGGCCAGAUCGCUAUAUCGACGACGCAGAUGCAGACGACUUGGAAGCCUUGGUCCAAAGAGAUACCGACGAUUCUGAGCCCGAAGACGAACAUGAUCCCGCCUCUAAUCGUACCAUCGUUGUGGGCGAUCGCCAGGACGCCAAAUACCCUCCAAAUGCUGUUUCCAACGCCAAAUAUACUCCAAUCUCUUUCCUACCUCGUACCCUCUACAACGAGUUUUCUUUCUUCUUCAACAUGUACUUCCUCCUGGUCGCUCUGUCGCAAAUUAUACCCCAACUUCGAAUAGGCUAUCUGAGCACCUACAUAUUCCCCUUACUUUUCGUUUUGACCAUCACGCUCGGGAAAGAGGCCAUGGAUGAUAUCCAUCGACGAAGGAGGGAUAAGGAGGCCAACUCUGAGAGAUAUACUGUUCUUCAAUUUGGCAACAACGACACUUCAUCCAGAAGGAUACAGUCAGCCGCCGGUCCCGAUGCUGAUGGGCUUCUUGAUUUAGACGUGCGCGAGGUCUCCAAGCCUUCGCGUCUACUGAAAGUAGGCGAUGUUCUGGUCAUGACCAAAGAUCAGCGCUUCCCAGCAGACGUCGUCAUUCUCAAGAGUUUCUCGCAGGAGCCAUCUGCCCAGCCGGUACCUCUGCCUGAGAGCGAAGAGGCGAACCUGUUCGAGUCCACGGUGGCUGAUGUGCCAGGACCGCCUUUACCCAACCAGACCACUUCUGACGAUCCUAGUGCUGGUGGAGAAGCCUUCAUUCGCACAGAUCAACUUGAUGGUGAAACAGAUUGGAAGCUCAGACUGGCUUCUCCCCUGACACAAGAGUUGCCAUCUCGUGAAUUCACGAGACUUCGUCUAACAGCCGGAAAGCCUGACAAGCGUGUGAACGACUUCCUUGGUACUCUGGAUCUAUUACCAGAUGGUCGUCAAGCAUAUGAUCCUUAUGAAUCCGAUGCGCCCACUGCCGAGGUUCCUGGCACGAAAUCCUUCCCCCUAUCGAUUGACAACACCGCUUGGGCGAAUACCGUACUUGCCUCCAGCACUACCGUCUAUGCUGUGGUGGUUUACACUGGUCCCGAAACACGUGCUGCUCUUUCUACCUCUGCGUCCCGCUCAAAAACAGGUCUUCUCGAGAACGAGAUCAACUCGUUGACCAAAAUUCUAUGUUUCUUGACUCUCGCUCUGUCUUUCAUCCUUGUUGCGCUCAAAGGCUUCAAUGUUGAGAAAGGUCGGGAAUGGUACGUCUCAGUGAUGCGGUUCCUCAUCUUGUUUUCGACCAUCGUGCCCAUUAGUUUGCGUGUCAAUCUCGACAUGGGGAAGUCCAUGUAUGCUUGGUUUAUUGAACGUGAUCAGGGAAUACCUGGGACCGUUGUCCGCACCAGCACUAUCCCAGAAGAUCUUGGACGUAUUGAGUAUUUACUCAGUGAUAAGACCGGUACUCUUACGCAAAAUGAAAUGGAGCUGAAGAAAAUCCACGUGGGAACUGUCUCGUAUGCCAACGAGGCCAUGGAUGAAGUCUCUGCCUACGUAGAAUCGGCUUUUGCUGAUCUGCCCGGAUUUUUCUCGCCUUCGUCUAACGUGACUGGUGGAUUGGCUUCUGGUACACGUUCUCGUAGAGAGAUUGGUCUUAGAGUCCGAGAUUUGGUUCUAGCAUUGGCACUCUGCCAUAACGUCACGCCUACGACUGAAGAAGUCGACGGAUCCACUGUCACCUCGUAUCAAGCUUCCUCGCCAGACGAGAUCGCAAUUGUGGCUUGGACAGAACACGUUGGCCUACGUCUGUUGCAUCGCGAUCGCAAAUCGAUUACUUUGCAAUUCGUCGACAACGCCAAGAUCGUGGUUCGCGUGCAAAUCCUCAACAUCUUUCCGUUCACUUCUGACAGCAAACGCAUGGGUGUGAUUGUCAAGUUUGUGCAAGAAGGCAGCCCAGAAGGUGACUCGAGCGAGCUGUACUUCUUCCAGAAAGGUGCCGAUACUGUCAUGACUUCAAUCGUCGCUGCUAAUGACUGGCUUGACGAAGAGACGGCAAACAUGGCUCGUGAGGGUUUGCGCACUCUGGUCAUCGGCAGGAAGGCUCUAUCUGCACAACAAUAUGCCACUUUUUCAAACGCUCACGCAGAAGCAUCGUUGAGCCUCCACGAUCGCGAUAGCAGCAUGGCCCGAGUCAUCAAACAGCAUCUUGAGCACAACCUCGAGCUUCUUGGCGUGACGGGUGUGGAAGACAAACUUCAAGCCCACAUCAAGCCAUCUCUGGAGCUCCUUCGUAACGCGGGAAUCAAGAUUUGGAUGUUGACAGGUGAUAAAGUGGAGACAGCACGUUGUGUAGCUGUGUCUUCGAAACUCGUCUCCAGAGGCCAAUACAUCCACACCAUCGCAGGGCUCAAACGCAAGGACUUAGCCUUGGACGCGCUUUCUUUAUUACACUCGCGGCCAAACGCUGCAUUGCUAAUCGAUGGCGAGUCUCUGUCGCUAUACCUCAACUACCAUCGUGACGCGUUCAUCACUCUAGCUGUACGGCUGCCAGCAGUGAUAGCGUGCCGUUGCUCUCCAACACAAAAAGCAGAUGUCGCCAAAUUGAUCCGUAGCCACACUCGCAAACGCAUUGCUUGUAUUGGCGAUGGCGGCAACGAUGUCAGCAUGAUCCAGGCCGCCGAUGUGGGUGUAGGUAUCGUUGGAAAAGAAGGUCGUCAAGCUUCCCUCGCGGCAGACUUCAGCAUUACUCAGUUCAGCCACCUCACUAAGCUCUUAGUAUGGCAUGGACGAAACUCAUACAAGCGCUCUGCCAAACUUGCGCAGUUUGUCAUUCACCGUGGUUUAAUCAUCUCGGUUUGUCAGACGGUGUUCUCGGUAGCUUCGGCAUAUCAACCUAUCGCUUUGUAUCGAGAUUGGUUAUUGGUCGGUUAUGCAACGCUCUAUACCAUGGCACCGGUCUUCUCUCUCACACUCGACCGCGAUGUCGAUGAGAAUCUCGCGAAUUUGUAUCCAGAACUGUACAAAGAACUUACUUCUGGCAGAUCUCUGAGCUACCGCACCUUCUUCAUCUGGGUCGCCAUCUCGGUGUACCAGGGCAUCAUAAUUCAAGGAGGCAGUCAACUUUUGGUUCCGAAGUUCGCAGACCACAGCACAGGGAAUGCCGAUACGGCAGCCUCAUUCGCGCGUAUGGUCUCCGUCUCAUUCACUGUUCUGGUCAUCAACGAGUUGAUCAUGGUAGCUGCCGAGAUCACAACGUGGCACCCUGCAAACAUCAUCUCGAUUCUUGCGACUGGUUGUUUGUACUUUGGUAGCAUACCUUUUCUUUCAGGUUACUUUGAUCUUAGGUUCGUGGCGAGCGUUGGGUUUGUCUGGAGGGUCGCUGCUAUCUCUGCCGUAUCCCUAGUGCCAGUAUAUGCUGGCAAGUUGAUUAGGCGAGCGGUCAAGCCACCCAGUUAUCGAAAGGUUCAGGGGGUCUAA